AAAAGAUAUUUGGUGAAGGCAGUUGCGGCAAUUAAAUCAGAUUUUGAUGCCAAAUUAUUGUCAGCAAUGCAGAAUUUUAAAAACAAUCAUCAGGAUGAUGACAAUAUUCAAUUUGAAUUUCAUGCCGUUUCAACCUCACAGGAGUUAAGUCAAUUAGAGGAAAAUCUCAAAGAUCCAAAUUAUGAAAAGAAAGUAAGAAAUUAUUUUAAAAAAAUUAUUGGUAAUAUUCCUGAUACUAGUAAUGGUUUGGAUACCUGCUAUAGUAUUGUAGAUUAUUUUUUUGAGAAAAAAUUUAUGGUGCAGUGUUCGUGGACGGGAGGAAGUAGAAGCAACACUGAAAAAUGUUGUAUUAAAAAUUGCAAAAAUAUUUUAGAAGUGUUUUUUACAAUAGUCCAAAGUUCCAAUAAAGAUUUUUCGAAGGCUUUGUUGAAAAAAUUUAUAAUUGGAAUUACAAGAAAUGCAAAGAAGCGUAGUUUAACUGGAGGCAUCCGCCAAUCUUCAAUACAUAGAAGAAAAAAAUCAAUGGUUAAAAAACAACGUUUAAGUGGAAACAGAAAAGGUGUUGCUCAAAGACAAGGCGAAAAUGAAAUUUUUUAUGAAAAUGAGCAAUCAUUUAAUGAAGAAAAAGAAUAUGAUGAAGAUAACGAUGAAUAUGGUAUGGAAAAAUAUGAAGCUGACGGUGAAGAUGCUAUAAUAGAACAUGACGAGGUUGAAGAGGAAGAUAAUAAUGAUACAGACACGGACUAAAAGAACAUUUUUAUUAAAAAAACUUUUUAAUUUACAUUCAAGUUUUGUUUAUUUUUAAUAGUGUGUAGAAGAGGAAUAAAAACAAUUUUACUUUCA